UUCAUGCGUCACGCCCUUCAAUAUACAUGUUCCUCGUGAUUGAUAAUAAGUAGAACAUAACUGAGCAUCGGUUAUAACGGGUUCAUGAUCCGAUCCAACCGACUCUGGGGUAUAAGAGGCUCUUUGAACAGACUGUUCUCUCUGUCAUUAUUUGAACACUUAUAAAACUCUCUCAUCUCAACAAACAUGUCUAAUACCAAGCCCCAAGCAGUUCAAGUCUCCCAGACUUCCGAUGGAAUCACAACCAUCACUCUUUCACGCCCUCACCGCAAGAAUGCCAUUGACGGUCCUACGGCAAGAAAGCUUACCGACGCGGUUCUGGCAUUUGAGAACGACGCCACGCAAAAAGUCUGCAUUAUCUACGGUGCACACGGUACUUUCUGCGCAGGCUUCGAUCUCCACGAAGUCGCCAAAUGGAAUCCCGCGCAGGGAACAGACAACUAUCUCGGUCCAAUCAUCGACCCGAGCCAUAAAGUCGAGGACCGCAACAUCGGCCCCAUUGGACCUUCAAGAAUGCAGGUAAAGAAGCCAGUCAUCAGCGCUGUAGCGGGCUACGCUGUCGCUGGAGGCUUGGAGCUCUCGCUCAUAGGCGACAUGCGCAUUGCCGAGGAAGACGCUGUUUUCGGUGUAUUUUGCCGAAGAUUUGGCGUUCCCCUCAUCGACGGCGGUACUGUUCGGCUACAGGCCAUCAUUGGCCUCGGCCGAGCGAUGGAUAUGAUCCUAACUGGAAGGCCUGUCUCGGCGCAGGAGGCGUUGCAGUUUGGACUGGCGAAUCGUGUCGUGCCCAAGGGUCAGGCUUUGGUGGAGGCGACCAAGAUGGCGAAGCAGCUUCUCACGUUUCCGCAGGAGUGUAUGAAUGUGGAUAGGGCUAAUUGCUAUUACUCUGUUUAUAACGCAACGUCGUUUCAGGAUGCUUUGAGGAAUGAGUUUGAGAAUGGUGUCAAGGUCAUCACUACUGAGAGUGUGAAGGGCGCGGCGAACUUUAGCAGUGGAGCUGGAAGACAUGGUGUUUUUGAGACAGCAAAGUUUUAGGAGCCUGUACUACCCUCAAUAAAGCUUUCAAAAUGAACUUUGCAGUUGUAAACGUCUACUUGACGUGUCUCCGUCUUCCGGUUAACAGUGUGAUUCAGUCGCUGUUGUGACAGAGGUAGCGUGAAUAAGCGCAAUGCCCAGAUGAAGAAACAUAUCAA